AUGGAUUCCCCCAACCCCUCCCCGCCCCAUCCAUCCAAACACCCAACAAAGCCCAAGUCCCCCUCCAUCCUCUCCAUCGACCUAGGCGACGACUACGACGACGGAUACGCCAGCCCCGGAAAGGACGUCCGCAUCCAGCGCUGGCUCGAGCAACAGUGCCGCUUCGUCCUCGGCGUCGACAUCGCCCCAGAUCCCACCAGCGAAGAGGACCACUCCGACUCGAGCGACGACUCGAGCAGCACCGACGAGCGCCCUCGUAUAUCCAACGCGCGCGCCCCGCCCACACCGCCCUCGCCACCCUCAUCCGACCGCGCAGACUCGCCCCUCCUAGGCUACCCCAGCCCCAGCCACCCGGACCUCUCCUCCCCUUCCCCCUCCCGCUCGCACUCCCCUUCCCCCUCGCCCCCCGCGUCCCACGCCCGCACAGACUCGGACCCCAUCUCCAUCCCGUCCCACUCACACGACCUCCCAUCCGGCGACAUCCCGGACCCUUUGCGCUUCCCCGCCCCCAACUACGUCCGCGAGCUGCCCCUCGGUGACCCCUUUGCCUUUUCCCAUCCCGGUCCAGACCCCAAGAAAACCAAGAACAAACGCAGGAAGGAAAAGAAGAAAUCGAAGGAGAGCGUGGGCCUGCCCCAGUCAGCUGCAACUGAACCCAUGGAAAAACCUUUACCGCCUCCACCGCCCGUCUCGCGCCCAGGCGCAGAGCCAGUUCUGCUGCCACUGCGCAUCACUCCCUCAUCAUCACACCUUCUAAACCAACCCACAACACAACCACCAUCCACAACAACAACAACAACGAUAUCACCAUCAGCGCCCACCCCCCUGAUAUACGCCCACGCUCCAGCGCGCUCCUCCUCCCUCGCACACAUCCGCGCCCACGCUCAGGCGCAGGCGCUGACGCCCACAGCCAGCUCGAGCUCUAUCACCUCAACGCCCGAAACGAGCUUCACACUCCCAUCCGCCAUAUCCACGUCCACGUCCAUGUCCACCUCCGCCACGUCCGCGUCCCCCGUGCACUCGCCGCGCAUCUCGCGUUCUGUGUCGUUUACAAACGCGAACGCGACUACUCCUGUGUCCGCGCCCGCGCCCGCCAAGAGCGUGAAUCCAAAGCGGCAUUCGCCGACACUCUCAACAGCAUCCACGUCCUCCGCCUCGUCCUUCACCCACUCACACGGACACUCAUACGGGCUGGGACACGGACACGGGCACGGACAGGCGCAGCACGUAUCAAUGCCGGCGCACUCGUAUUCCCAUUCAUCGUUAUCCUCGCUCGCGCUCUCGCGCGCUACUUCGUUUUCACCGCAACAGCAGUACCAGCAGCAGACGCAUUCGGCUUCAGCUGCGUCGGCGUCUGCAUCCAGCGCGGUUUCCCAACAGCAACAGCAGCAACAGCAACAGCAGAGGAGACAUUCAACACAGGCUUCUAUAUCCAGCACGACGAGUACCAGCGCGGGUGCGGGUGUGAGUGCGGGUGUGGGUGUGGGUGGGCGCAAGUCGUAUUUGCCUCUUGGACCCGGACCUGCGCCUUCCCCUGUGCCGGGUUCUCUCCAACAACAACAACAACAACAGCAGCAGCAGCAGCAGGUCCAGCCGUACCCUUACCAUCACGGACAUGGGCAUGGACGGACACCGUCGAUGAAGUCCAUGUCCAUGUCGGGCUCGUCGUCGUCUGUGCUUUCUUUGGCUUCUGUGUCUUUGGCUGGUUCGGGGUUGGGAUUGGGAUUGGGGUUGGGGGUAGUGUCGAGCUCCAAUGUGAAUGUUCCCACCCCACACGCGAGCGGGACGUCGACUUCGAAUGGGAAUGUUACUCCGAGUCCGAGUUUGAGUAGGAGUCCGAGUUUCAGCGCUAGUGCGAACGGGGGUGGGAGUGCGAACGGGAGUUAUAGUCGCAGUCCUACGCCCUCUGGAUCCGGUUCCUCCGUUGCAGCAGUAGCAACAGCAGCAGCAGCAAGCGGCUCGCUUUCGAGACGGUCGUCGGUGUCGCAGCUCGUAGGCGUUGGGGCUGUACAGGCGUCGCAUUCCAUGUCGAUUUCGCAUUCGAUCUCGCACCCUCACGCGUCGAUGUCGCACCCGCAUACGUCGAUCUCGCACGCGCACUCGCUAUCCCGCCGCCCAAGUCUACUGCGUCAGCCCUCCCUACCGCUCCUUGGUGAAGUCGGCGAGCCGCCGUCGCCGCUUCCUGAGGGUGUGGUUCCUGCUGCUUCUGCUUCCGCUGUUUCGUCGACUUCGUAUGUCGCUGCUGCUGCUGCUGUGGGCGACGGUAAGGCCGAGGGCGUGGAGAGUACCCGGAAAGUGGAGGAUGUGAAUCAAGGGUUGGACUUGGAGAUGGGCUUGGGCUUGGGUGGUCCGAUUGACACGCUUGAGAUUGCGCAUAGUCCAUUGUCGGCGGACGCUGCGGUGCCAGCUCCAGUUUCAGCUCCGGUACCUAUUGCGCCCCAGCAACAACAGCAACAGAACCCGGCGUCACCUGUAAUGGCGCUGUAUCACCUUCCAACCGCGAUGCAGCAGCUCAGGCGAAGCCAGUCGUUCCAGGUGCUCGAAGCUGCUUCUGCCGCUGCCGCUGCGUCUUCACCAUCUACUACAUCCGCCUCUGCCUCUGCUUCUUCCCCCGGAUCUGCGUCCGCCUCCGCCUCAGCGUCUUCACCGUCCACUGCGGAUCCACUGGUCGUCACCUCGCCCUUACCCCCAAACGCACCACCUACGCGCCGCCUCUCGCGCGCGUCGCGCGCUGGAUCGAUGUUGCUUGCGCUCACGCCCAUUGUGACGACUACGACUACUACUACUGUUUCGAGUGUUUCUGCGGGUGAGGGGGGUGGGGAGUUGGCGGGUGGUGGGUCGGGUGUGGCGGGUAUGUCGAGUAGUGUUGUGGCGGGUGGUGUUGUGGCAGGAGGAGUAGGAGUAGGAAGCACAGGAGCAGCGGGAGCAGGACACGCGCAGAAGCACUCUGUGUCGUCGUCUGUCUCGUCAGGUGCAGGUUCUGUGUCAGCUUCAGCUUCCGUUUCGGUGUCGAGAGAUAGGAGCCGUGCGCGCUCGCGUGCUGGAUCGAUGAGUCUUGCUGCGAGCUUGGCGCAGAGCUCGUUGAGCUUGCACGAUCGUGCUAUGAGCACCGGCGAUGGUGGUUCUGGUGUAAGCGCAGGUGCAAGUGUGAGUGGAGCAGAGGGAGAGGGUGAAGGAAAUGGAGAGGAAGAGGGGUACGGCGAAGAUUGUGCGCGGAAUGCGGUGUACAUUGAUUCGGAGGAGGUUAGAGAGAAGUUGGAUGCGCUGUUGGCGAGGGUUAUUGAGGAGGUUUCUGGUGUUGCUUCGGGUGCGGGUGUUGGUGUGGGUGAGAAAGAGAAAGAGAGAGAAAGAGAGAGGGAAAAGGAGAGGGAGAGGGAGAAGGAAGCUGAGCUCGUCGGCGCGUUGUUCCUCAAUGGCUCAGGCGACGCCGAAACCAGCGCCGACGUCGACAUGGAUAUGGAUAUGGACGAGGAUCGGUAUCGCGAGUCGAUGCAUCUGCACGAUGAUGGAAGGGACAUGACGUACAUGUUCCCGUCCCCGCCUCAGAGCGCCAACACGAGCGAGUUCCGUCUUGCGUCUCUUGUGCGCGCCCAGCAGCAGCAACACCAGCAGCAGGGUGUCAUGACCAGUGUGCCCAUUGCGCCGGGUGAAUAUGCUGCUUCGGCGGCACCGGCGGGGAUAUAUAUGACACCCUCUGGAUCUGCGUCGCAGGUGUACAUUGGCCCAGGCGGUGCCGGUGCCGCGCCGCUGGCGUACACAUCCUCUUACACGCACUCACACUCGCGCGACACGUCCCGCUCGUCGUCGUCGCACCAGCGGCGGUCCACGCACUCGCAUUCGAUGUCGGUCAGCAGGAGUGUAGUGCAUUCGCGCGCGGGGUCACGGGAUGUCGCGGGUACCGGGCCAGCGGUGACGAUGAUACCGGUGCCGAUACCUGUUCUGUCGGAUGUGGAAGGGACGAGCAGGAGGCCUGUAAGGCCGCCGCCUGCGCCGCCGCUUGAUCUCAAUCUCGGACUUGGAUUGGGGAUGGGGAUGGAGAUGGAGGGUAUCGAUGUGAUGCCGGAGGAGGAGGAGGUGGUGGUGCUUGGAGGCGAGGAGGAGGAUGCGCUGUUCCUGCGCGAGAGUUUGGCGGGGAGGAUUAGUGUGGAGAGUCAGGAGAUUGGAAUGGAUGAGGAUAUGCAGCGGGAGCGGGAGCGCGGGUAUGGAGGGCGGAUAGACGGUGGUGGUGUGGAUGGGUACGGGUAUGGGUAUGGGUAUACAGGGUUUGCUGGGGAGGAGGGAGAGGAGGAGGAGGAAGGUGAUGAGCAGGCGGAGGAGAGGAUGGCGUUUUUGAGGGGGUUGGGGCUUGAGGAUCGCAUGAUAGAGUUCCCGGCUGUGGAGGCGUUGGCGGCGGCGAGCACGGGCGUGGUCGAUGAGCUGGAUGCAAGGCCGGAGCUGUCGCGCUCGAUGUCGCGAUGGAGUUUGACGUCGUCGACGAUGGGCGAUGAUAACAACAACAACAGCAACAGCAAUCCACCCAAGGAGAAGCGCAAGAGCCUCGUUCCGUCUGCCAAUGGCGACGCCGCUGGCGAGAAGAAGCGCGGACGCCUUGCCUCGCUCAUAUCGCGGUUCUCGGGCGUCGUUGCCCCGUCCAACACGCCGACGACGGAGGAUAUGCCCCCGCCUGUACCUGCGCUUCCGCUCUCGCCGCAGUCGGUCACCCACCCUUACCUGCAGUCGCAAAUGUACGUCGCCGAGUCGCCUACCUCGCCUUCGCCGCCACUGCCUCCAUUACCGUUCGAGGCUACCGCCAAAGCGCUGCCGCCGCUGGAUAUGAAGCUGACGCAGGUUGUGCCAGGAACGUGGGAAGCGCCGCAAAGGGUACCGCCGUCGAAGAGCGCGCCGAGCUCGCCUGUUAAUUUGAGGCCGAGGGCGAUGACGACUGGCACGGCUACCGCUAGCAACAACACAUACACGCCCCGCGUCGUCAUCCCUGCGCUCGCUCCUCCAAAGCCUGGAUUCAUCGAUACUGAAAGCCCGAUUGAGUCGUCGCCUGACACUGACAGCCCCGUGCAGCCUGCCGUGCCAAAAGUCAUCAUCCCUGUGCUCAUGCCCAAGGGUAUGCUGGAUGACAGCCCUGUCGAGUCAUCUCCUGUCGGCGGUGCCGCCCAGCAACCACAGUACGGGACGAUGCGCGGGCGGUCGAGUUCGGCUGCGGAUCUGCUUGGGUUCCAGGGUGCGAGUAUGGCGCCUGGCAAGCGGCCGAGUGCGAUGAACCGCCGCGUGCCUCCGCCGUUGCUCAAGUCGGCGUCGGCGUCCGUGUUGAGGUCGGUGCAGUCUGCUGGGCCGGCGAGGAGCUUUGGGAAUAGGAUUGUCUCCCCUGGACAUUUGCAGACUCAUCCGCCGUAUGAUGGCCUGAAGCGCUCGGAUUAUGCACAUGGACAGGCGCUUAGGUAUGCGCAGUUCUCGGGUGGUGGAUCUGGGAGUGAGAUUGGGUCUGUGCCGUUGACGCCCAUUUCGCUGUCGUCGACGGAUGAGGGUGUAGGUGGAGAAGAAGAAGAGGAGGAGGAGGAAGAUUACGGAGUGGUGCUCAAGCGAGAAAGGACACAUGAGGAUAAAUGGCAGCGUGUCAUUGGCACCCAGGCGUCUGUCGCUUCGUUACCCCACGCACAGGCACAGGCUCAGGCUCAGUUCCAGCAACAUCAGCAGCAGCAGCAGCAGCAUCAACAGGCUGUUCAGAACGUGCUGAUGGCUCUCGCACCCAGCACCUCGCCCACUGUGCAGCGGCACCGGCUCAAGAGCAUGCCAUCGCUCGUCAAAGUCUCGUCGUCCUCCUCGGCAAAGUCUCUGCAUGGUGGGAUUGAUCUCGCCUCGCCCACGUUGCCGCCUGUGCCCUCGUCCCCCCCGCACGCGGCGAAGAAGGGCUUCCGUGGGUUCGUCCAGCGCAUGGGGCUCGGCAGCAGCAGCAGCAGCAGCCAUUCGGCCUCACACACCCAUCUCCCGGCCAUGAACAGUGCGUCGUCGUCGUCCUCGGCAGGCCUGAACGUGGCCAUCCCGCACGCGGCGUCGCGCUCGCGUAUCCUGCUUACAAGCUCGCCGUCGCCGACUCACUCCCCUACGCACUCUACGAGCGGGUCGCUGGACGAGUUUAUCGCGAUCGCACAGCCGCCUACGACGGCGUCGAGCCCGUUGGCAGUGUCGAUGCAGAUGCACUCGCCCUCGUCCGUGUCGCUGCUUCAGCAGCAGCAACCGCCGUAUUCCGCGCAUUCGUCGGUGUCGCAUACGCCUCUGACGCCCUCGACCCCGCAGACGCCCUAUACGCCGUUGACGCCCCAGUCGCAGAUGCAGAUGCAGAGCGCUGGAGGUAGCAGUGGAGGACUGUUGUCGUCCCUUAACCUGGCCAAGAACAAGGGUCCCAAGAGGAAGCUGGUCAUCAGCGGUGUGGCCAUGGGCGACUCGAAGGCACUCGAAGCUGUACAGAGCUGGUGCGAGUCCUUUGGCGAAGUGAGCAAGAUAACCAGAGCGCCUAAUGGCAGCUUGUAUGUCGACUUCAAAAAGGCCAGCGUCGCAGAGACGUGGGAAGGAUCUGAAGGGAAAAAUGAUGGACUACGAGGCCCAAGGGUUAUAUGCCUGGACUCAUGCAGUCAAUUGGGUUCUUCGGUCCUUGCUGCUGUUGUCUCCUUGACGUUUAGGCGGGGUGGAUCUAUCAAUAGCCAUUGUUCUGUCAACGGGGGGUCUCAGUACCUCUGA